UAAUAAAGAAAAAGCUGACCAUACCAAAAGCUUUAUGGCUCCUUCAAAGUAUAUGAGCAAAUAUGGGAAUAUUAACGAUCAUGAAUAUUCUUCGAGAAUGAUAAAUAAAAUGACAACUUUUUACUCAAAAUAUAAGAAAGAGACUUUGAAAGGCAGAAAUGACAAAUUAGAAAUAAUUAAGCCAAAUUCAAAGUUCAAAUCUUUAUCUCCUUCCCCUCUUGGUCACUUUGACCACUCAUCAAUUAUGCUAAAUUUCUGAGAAAAUGAGACGAUAAAAUAAGGAAAUGUUUAAAAAUAUUAAGAACAAGAAGAGGAUAAACAACACUAUUCACAGAUAUUAUGCGCAACAUUUUCAACCGAAAAGGAGUUUUAAAAGGUCAAAGAACUACUCAACUGUUGAUGCUAGGCUCAAUGAGCUUGACACCCCAGAAUUUCUGGAGAGGAACAAAAAGAAAUCAGACGUCUUUCUAAUGACAUGCACCAAAGUGUCCGAUCCUAAGAAGUGGAGAAAGAUGAGCACGUCCAGCCAAAACCAAUAUAGCAACCUGAUAGACGAUUAUAAGUAAAAAUGAGUCUAAAAAUAUGAAAUUUAACCCAAAAUUCGGCAUGAUGAAUAUGAUGGAGAGAAAGAAAGAAAGAGAACUACAAUAUCCCGAAGAGUUUGGAAGCAAACUUCAUUAUAAGCUGCAUAAGCCUAAGUAUUAUAAUUUAUUGAAUAAGCCAUGGUCACCAAAACCAGGGAAGUCACCUAUUAUUCAAAAUCUUCAGAAGUUAAUACUAAAUGGAUCAAGAAGAAAGAAAAAUACGAUAAAAAAAAAGCAAGCAAAACAAAGUGACUUGCAUGAAAAGUCUUCAGAUUUUACAAAUACUGGGACUGAGCCCAAGUGUUACACUCAGAACCCAAGGUUUGGAUCUAAUUCAGGGACACACAAAGAAAUUAGACUGAGCACGAUUCUACUUGGAGCCCCAAACAAGUUGAACAGCUUUGGAUCAUUUGUAAAUUCAAAGGCGAUCGAGACACAAGAAGAUAUUAUCGGCCCAAAGAAAGAAGUGAAGGUGGUUCUUCCUAAUAUUGACUUGAAAUAGUUCCAUUUUAUUCCCAA